CCUGGUUUGUUUCUCUGAUGCUUGGUAUAUAGUAGAUAUGCAAUUAAUCUUAGUUGAAUAAAGAACGUAAUCACUCCUGCCAGGUUUCUUGUACGUUAGUUGUAUACUCUCUUUUCUGUUUUGGGUAUAUGAGCAACUUAAUUUGCAAACACAUACAUUUUUAUGAAUAAUAAAAGCAGUUUGAAGACAUUAUAUUUGUUAAUCUUUGUGAUAUAUCUGAAUGGUUGUCUUAUGCUACAUUUUCCCCCAUUCUUAGAAAAAGGAAAAAAGAAAGGAUCUGUAUGGCUUGGCUUUGGAGAAUUAUGUGGAGUAAGUUGAUUGUUCCAGUUGUUUCAAUAUGAAAGGACAGUGCCAGUCUUGCCUCAUAUGGUAGCUUUGAAAUGUUGAAUAUUACUGUGUUUACUCAUAAGCAGUAGAGUCCUGUAAGGCCUGAAUUUGAGCUGUAAUGGAAAGGGCAGUGUUCAGAAUCCCAGUGUUGGGAAUAUGAACAACCUGGAAAAAGAGAAGGAACUAGUAAGUAUACACCAUAACUCUUUCCUCUGACUGUCGUCCUCAUUGCCAAGCUAAAAGAGUUCAUAAACACUAAAACAAAUAUCUUACUUGAGAUUUUUUUUUUCUGGAUAUUGGUAUUGUAAUGGGUUAGGAGAAGUGAUGAGUGAGGAAGCAGUGACGGUAAGGUUUUGAUUUUAUUCUGCUGUCUCUGUGGUUUUCCAAUUAAGGAAAAGAAAGCAGAAAUAGCAGAUUGCAUUUUAAUGGACUUUGAGAUUUCCUUUGCAGGAUAUAAACCACAAACUUUCUUUUGAACUGGGUUCCCCAGAAAGCAAAGCCCUAUGCACUGCUAAUUUAUUAGGAAGUGGAAAUCCAGACUGAGGAAGGAGGCAAGGAUGGAGAGCUAAUGUGCAACUUCUGUCAAGCUGGCUGUCACUUAAAUGUGACAGAUUGCUUGACUGCAUGGGGUUAUGUAUAUGGGAGGCAAGGGGAAGAAUUAAAAAAAAUUUUUUUUAAUGUUUAUUUAAUUUUGUGUGUGAGAGAGAGAGAGUGUGAGUGAUGGAGGGGCAGAGAGAGAGAGGGAGCCACAGAAUCUGAAGGCUCAGAGGCUCCAGUCUCUGAGCUGUCAGCACAGAGCUCGAUGCAGGGCUCACACCCACAGACCGUGAGAUCAUGACCUGAGCCGAAGUCGGACUCUUAACCGACUGAGCCACCCAGGCACCCCCAGGGGAAGAAUUUUUAAAAAAUGUUUAUUAUUUUGACAGCGAGAGAGAGAGAGAGAAAGAGAGAGAGAGAAAGAGAGAAUCCAAAGCAGGCUCUGUGCUGUGAACUCAGAGCCUGACACAGGGCUCAGUCCUACAACUGUGAGAUCAUAACCCGAGCUGAAAUCAAGAGUCAGAUGCUUAACCAACUGAGCCACCCAGGCACCUUGGAAAGGGGAAGAAUUUAUUUAAUGGUCCUUUUCCCAUUGUCCAAAGACUUACCUCUGUAGAUGGGAACUCACCUAUAUUUCCAAGAUCUGUGAGUGAGUCCCAGUGGAGUCCUAUGGUGUCCUGUGCUUUGGCAUCAAGUAGGACAUUUUUGGGGUGGGAAGUGAAAGGCCUUUGAAGGCUUGAAGUGAGGUACUUUCAAAUAGCCUGUGUGUGACACUGGUCAGAGCCUAUGCAGAGCUGUGGCUGGAAUGAGAGAUGAAUGAGGCUAAAAGAGUGUGGGGAAGUCACGUGGGACUUCCAUGCAUGCGGAUGGAGGCGGGGAGCUGAUCUCUUCUAUACCCAGACAACUAUUUCAGUGAAUCCCUUAUUGACUGAUGCUAGGACAUAAUGACAGGGGACCAAGAAAGUGUAGGAUUCUUUCCAAAUUUUGAUAUCCUGAAUUCUUAAGAGAAUGUGAAUUGAUCCCUCUAAUCUAAUAAACUAAUACAUUUCAGAGUUUUAUUUCCCAAGGGAGUGCACUCCUCAAAGGAAUAUUUGAGUAAUAGUUAGAAAUUCAGUUUCAUAGUUGUCCUCUGUAAGAUUUAUAUGGAAAUAAAAUAUAUAAUUUUUUACUCAUUUUUUCAGCUUGGUAAUAUUUGAUUUUUAAAAAUGCAGUGCAGUAUUUUUUCUAUAGUCAUACUAUGUCGUAUAUUAUGUGUACAUGACACGUACAUUUUUAAUUUUUAAAAUAUAAAAUUUGGUAGUAUCAAACUUCAAAUCUGAAAACUUGGCUUCCGACUUCGGCUCAGGUCAUGAUCUCACAGUCCAUGAGUUCAGGCCCCGCGUCGGGCUCUGUGCUGACAGCUCGGAGCCUGGAGCCUGCUUUGGAUUCUGUGUCUUCCUCUCUCUCUGUCCCUCCCCUGCUCAUGCUCUGUCUCUCUCUGUCUCAAAAAUAAAUAAAUGUUAAAAAAAAAUUGAAAAAAAAAGAAAAAAAAAGAAAAUUAUGUAUGUAUUUUUAAAGUGUAUUUAUUUAUUUUGAGAGAAAGAGAGCAUGCUCGUGUGGGGGGGGGGGUGCUGGUGCAGAGAGAAGGGGAGAGAGAGAAUCCCAAGCAGGUUCUGUGCUGUCAAGCUCAGAGCCUAAUGCAGGUUCGAAUUCAUGAAGCGAAUGACUUGAGCCGAAAUCGAGAGUUAGAUGCUUAACAGACUGAGCCACCCAGGCGCCCUGAAAAUUGUAUUUUAAAUUUAACGGUAUGUUCCAACUACUGUUUUGAAGACAUCUCAGUACACUUGUGUUGUGCUUCUUGAAGAAACAUAUUUUGUAAGUAUUUCUGACCCUUGGCAAAUCAAUCAUUUGGGAAUCAGUUAUUGAACAGGUUUAUAAAGUAUUGUGUUUGCUCUAGGGAAUAAAGAUGAAUACGAUAUAAACUCUGUUCCUCUUGAGGAGCUCACAGUCUAGUUCGGGAGAUGAAAAAUGUUCUCACGCUAAGUAACAGAGGAUUGUAGAAACAGAAAAAAACUUCUGAUCUUGCUGUGAUACAGUCCAGCCAACCCUGGACCCUGAUAAAGCUUUAAACCAUAGGUCACAAAAAAGAGCAAGAGACUUGGUCAUUUGUUUUUAAAGAGAGAUGUUUAUCUUUUAAAUUUUAAUAUUAAAAAAUGAACAUUCAAACUAUGGGUGAUAUAUUCCAUCUGUCAUGAACAAAAUGUGUAUGUGUGAUGUUUUAUUUAUAAAUCACAGUAUAAUCUACCACCUUCUACUACUUGCACCCCAAAAUAGUCCUUUACCUUUACUGCCUGAGGCUUGUCUUGUCUCCUCUGUAACCUUCCGUCUUCCUCUCUACUGACUUCUGUUUCUUUUUAAUCUCAAACAGCGACUAGAAAUGGUAGCAGUAACUGGGGACUGUGGACAUUUGAAGGUUCUCUGGAGAAUCUGUAGGUUUCCUGGAGUUGGAUCAUACUCUUAUUUAUCUCCUUCCUCCAAAACAAACCACAACUGUCUACCAUCUAAUUCCAUGUUUGACCUGAGGUAAAAAUGGUGUUCUAUGAAAACAUACAUGUCGUUUAGCUUACAGCUCAGUUGCACAGGUGCACUCCCUUGAGGCAGCCAUUGUAACAGCCUUCCUAAUGCAACGUACAGCAGAGACAACCUAAUGAGGCCUCUUUUGAAUUAUGGUAUUGCUUGUAUGUCUAUGGGCUUCCUGGUUGAAGAGACUGCACCAGUUGUUUGGAGAGGCCUUAUGGUAAUGUCAGCUAUUGAGAAACUAUUGAGGCAGGUAGAUUGGGGUCAUCUGGACUAUUUAGUUGUUGACAUGCCACCCGGAACUGGAGAUGUGCAGUUAUCAGUCUCACAGAAUAUUCCCAUUUCAGGUGCUGUGAUUGUCUCCACGCCCCAGGACAUUGCACUGAUGGACGCACACAAGGGUGCUGAGAUGUUUCGAAAAGUCCAUGUGCCUGUUCUGGGCCUUGUCCAAAAUAUGAGUGUUUUCCAGUGUCCGAAGUGUAAACAUAAAACUCAUAUUUUUGGUGCUGAUGGUGCCAGAAGACUAGCACGGACCCUUGAUCUUGAUGUUCUAGGGGACAUUCCCUUACAUCUCAAUAUAAGGGAAACUUCAGAUACAGGCCAGCCGAUUGUGUUUUCACAGCCUGAAAGUGAUGAGGCCAAAGCUUACCUGAGGAUUGCCGCAGAAGUGGUAAAAAGAUUGCCACCACCUCUAAAGUGAAUUCCCCAAGUGUUCUGGAAAUUUGCCUGGUGCUUAACAAUAAGAAGACCUUUGGAAAUCAGCAGUGUGGUGAUGCAACCUACAGGAAUAAUAGAAUCAUGGUUAUUUUCUUUUAUUUCUAAGGAAAUAAUGUCUUAUUUUCAGAUUUGAUUUGCUAAGCAAUGACUCACAAGUAAAAUUUUUAUAUAUCAAUGUUAACUGCUACAUUUAGGAAUUUUUUUUUUUUUUUGAGUGCUGAUGUGUACCAACUGCACAGAACUGCAUUUUUUUUUAAUGAACUACCCCUUGGGGAAUCAUGAGUUUAUAUUAUAAGCUCAACCUUCAAUUCAGGAGAGUUAAAACUGUAUUCUUUUUGUGGGACUAUGGAGUUAGUCAUUUAAAGGAUUUAUUAACUGCGUACUGAUAUAAGUGUGAUAACUCCAUCAGUCAGUUUGGUCUGAGUUUCAAUCGUGUCUUAGACAGUCUUGGACACGUUCUUAAUGUAAAAUAACUUCUGCUUCAUCUGGACCAGGCUCUACCCUAAACUUACUGAAUAUAAUCUGCAGGGGUGGGGCCUGGACAUGUAUAUUUUUAACAAGAUCACAAUGAUUUUGAUGAUUCUGGUUAUGAUGGCAAUAGUUAUAAUAAUAGGUAACAUCUAUCAGGUGUUUCCUUGUGUCCAUAUAGUUAAUCUUGCAUUCGUAUGAGUGGGGUAUUGUUGUUACCUUCAUUCUAUAGAUGAGAAAACUGAGAUAUGGGAGUGUUAAGUGUUUUGCCGAAGGUUUCUGUUCUAGCAAGUGAUAGAGCUGGAAUUUGAACUUGGACAGUGGGAUACUGGAUCCUCCCUUUUUUAUACCAAAGAACAUUUGUUUAUUUCAAAAGAGAAAUACGGUAUUCAGCAUUUCCUCCAACUUACUUGACCAUGAAGGCCUUAUCCUAUCCCUUUUAGGAGCAUUUCAUGGAGUUUGUGUUUCAAAUGAUACACUUUGAAAAGCAUGUAUGUUAUCUAGUUGAGGCUCAAAGAUAUUUGGGGGAGCUUUCCAAGGUCAGGAAGCAAAAUAGUUAUAAAGCUGCAAGUACUGAUAAGAAUCAUUAGUUGGCCCUCAGUUACAAAGAAGUGGUCUAUGACUUUUGGCAAAUACCUUGACAUCUUCUGCUUUGUAGUUAAACAGGUAGAAAACUAGAGAGUCACAUGUUGUUAUAAACAUGUUUUCACACACUUGUAUUCACAUAAAAAACUGUUCAUGGCAAUUUUAUUUGUAGUCGCCAAAAACAACACAGAGCUUUUCAGUGGGCAGAUGGUUAAACAAAAUGUGAUCUAUCCAACCAUGGAAUACUACUCGCCACUGAAAAAGAACAAACUACGGAUACCUGCAACAACCUGGAUGAAUUCUAGACCAUUAUGCUGAAUGAGAGAGCCAAUCCCAAAAGUUUUUAUACCAUAUGGUUCCAUUUAUGGAGCAUUCUUGAAAUGACAAAAUUAUAGAAAUGGAGAACAAAUUAGUGGUUUCUGGAAUUUAAGGGGAGAGGGUUGCAAGGGAGAGAAUUAUAUGUGCCUCUAAAUGGGCAACAUAAGGAAUCAUCAUGAGGAUGGAAAUGUUCUUUGUUAUGACUGUGUCAAUACCAAUAUCUUGGGCAAUAUUGUACUAUAGUUUUGCAAGAUGUUACUGUUAGAGGAAAUUGGGUAACAGGACACAAUGGAAUCUCUGCAUGUGAAUCUACAAUUACCUCAAAGUAAAAAUAAAAUUUUAAUUAAAUAAA